AUGUCGACCACGACACGCACGCCGUUGCCAAAGCUUCAGUUGGCCAUUCUCAUGUUGAUGCAGGGAGCAGAACCAAUCUGCAACUCUGUUAUAUUCCCAUUCGUAAACCAGUUCGUGCGCGAGACGGGUGUGACUAACGGUGAUGAACGAAAAACGGGAUACUACGCUGGGAUCGUGGAAUCCAUCUUUUUCGUGGCGGAAUGCGUCACUGUGCUCUGGUGGGGACGAAUUUCCGAUCGAAUAGGACGGCGACCCAUCCUGUUGUUGGGUAUGCUUGGCCUCUCGCUUUCGAUGUUCAGCUUUGGACUGUCGUCAAAAUAUCUGACGAUCGUCGUGAGCCGCUGUGCUCAAGGAGCAUUCAACGGCAAUGUCGGUGUCGGUAAAAAUUCCAUUAUAGAGAUCACGGACAAAACCAAUGUUGCGGACGCGUUCGCCAUAUACCCAGUUGUAUGGGCAACGGGCUCAACUCUAGGUCCGAUCAUUGGAGGCACUCUUGCACGCCCUGCCGUCCAAUGGCCGGACUUGUUUGGGAAGAUACCUUUUUUUCAAAAAUACCCGUAUUUCCUUCCGUGCGCAAUACCCGGUCUCUACGCUAUUUUCGUAUACAUCUUCGGAAGCAUAUUCCUAAAGGAGACCUUGCCCUCCAAGACAAUUCGUCGUCGAUCGAGUGAUCCCAUAGAAUCGGCGACCCUCCUUGACUCGGACUGUCACUACACUAGCUAUGGCACGAACGAAGGUCCAGAGACUACCGCUCGUGACGAGGAGAUUGAGUUCAAAUCUCCUCCCGUAUCCUCGAUUCUCUUCUUACGCCCAAUCCUCGUAUCCCUCACCACCCACGCCUUCCUUUCUUUCGUCGAUCAGUCCCACCAAGUCCUCCUUCCGCUGAUGUACUCCACCUCGAUCCCUCUCGGGGGGCUGGGCUUCGAGCCCGCUCGCAUAGGAGCCAUCAUGGGCAUAUGGGGAACCUGCAAUGGUAUCUUCCAGUGGUUGUUCUUCGCUAAGCUGAUACGCAAAUACGGUCCGCGAACGAUGUUCCGGGUGUCGUUCUCGUGUUACUUCGUUUGUAUCGGGGCAUACCCCGCUAUGAGCUACCUGACGAAGCAAGCAGGCGGAAUGGUAGACGGUAAGGUAUACGCCGUUAUGCUGGUGCAAUUUAUGUGCUAUAGUUGCAAUAAUUUAUUUAUUAUAGACGCCGUCCCUUCUCCAGCCGCUCUCGCCACAACAAACGGCCUAGCUCAGAUUGUUUCCUCAAUUAUGCGCUCGCUAGGGCCCGGGUUCACGGCGUCUAUGUUCUCGCUCUCACUGGAGCGCCAGUUGGCUGGCGGAUAUAUGGUAUACUGGAUUCUUUGGGUAGUCAUUAUUUUGGGUAUCUAUGCCUCCUCGAAAUUGCCUAUGCACGUGAAGGGGUGA